GCCCGCUGCGGAGGUUUAAAAAUGUCUGACCAGAAAAAUAUUGUACACAGAGCACGUUGUAUUCAAAAGCUACUGCCUGAGAACAAUUUCCAAGAUAUUGAGGAUCAUCUUAAAGAACUUGAAGAUGUUGAUAUGACUAUGGAAUAUCUUCAGAGGACAGAAAUUGCCAAAGCUGUAUACAGAGUACUCAAGAGCUGCGCUUCAGCAGAGUUGAAAAAGAAAGCAAAGCAGUUAUUAUCAAGGUGGAAAGCACUUUACAAGAACAACUGUGUUCAGUCAAUGCAAGUUAAAACGUCAGUUUCUGUAUAUGUGAAAGAGGAAAUUGAACAUCUCAGUGUGGUUCCUAGAGGGCAGUCACUGUCUGAAGGACCACAUCAGCAGGAGGCAUCAGAUGCUACUAGUUCUGAACUUUUGGUCCCAUCACAAACUGUUAAAAAUGUGGUACAUAACGACGCAGAAGGCAGCAUGAAUCAGCUUUCUUCUUUUGAGGAAUACCACACUGAUAAUGAAGACUCUGAACGUCUUGUUAACGAAGCAAGUCUGCGGCAGGAUCCAAUGGGAGCUCUGAGAUGUAAAAGUACGGAUCUUCUUUAUAAAGCUUUGACUGGUUCUGCCAAAGACGAAGAAGAAACUGAUAAAUGGUUAGAGCUAUCUAAAGAAAUUGAAGAACAUAUUUUUGCUCUUCAUGCAAAAAAUGACAAAAAGUAUAAAAAUUGCAUCAGAAGCAAAAUCUCUAACCUGAAGAACCCUAAAAGUUGCCACUUAAAACAUAACCUUUUCUCAGGGAAGUUGAGUCCAAAGACUUUUGCUGAGAUGACAGUGAUGGAAAUGGCCAGCGAUGAACUGAAACAGCUCAGGGCUCUGUACACAGAAUCAUCUGUUCAAGAACAUCAGCUUCCACAAGUUAUUAAUGGCACACAGACAAACAAAAUAAAGUGUAGGCGCUGUGAAAAAUUUGAUUGCACUGUCACUGUGAUUGCCAGAGGAACUCUUUUUCUUCCAGGUUGGGUGAGAAACACAAGUCCAGAUGAACAAAUGUUGACUUACGUUAUUUGUAAUGAAUGUGGAGAACAGUGGUAUCACAGCAGAUGGAUUUGUUUGUAACGCUAUCCCUCUUUAAUAAGUGGUUUAGAUACAUAGAUAUGAGAAAGCAUCUCUGUUGAAAGUAUAUAAUUUAAAAUUUUGUAUUGAUGUUAUGUAGGUGCUGCCACUAAAAAGUGCAAAAUCAAUUUUAAAAAAAUCGCUGUUAUUUUUGAAGAUGACUUGAAUAAAUCUGUGUGGUUCUAAGUAAUGUCAAUAUGUGAAGAAAUAAAAUAAAAAAGGGAAAAAAUGGUAAUGCUGUAUCUAAGAGAGAACUAUUCACUAGAAAAUCCAUUAAAAAUAUUCCAAGUGCUGCAAUUUUUUUCCCCAAGGUACUGAGUACUUGGAAUUUUCAUUAUCUUCAGCAGAAGUUCUCUCACAGAACUUGUUUCAUUUACAGUAAACAAACUGUUUCCAAAACUGCAGUUCACAUACUUGCGUGCAUUGCAGAAUGUUCAGCAUGGAUUCACUCCUUAGUUAAAUCACUUUUUGCAAAUAAGUGUUAGAUUAUUAAGUUGGUUUGAGAGGUAAUGUCUAAAAGGAAAAAAGGAAUGAAAAAUAGAGUGUAAAAGGGGGAGAAGGCAGCUAGCAAAUGAAAGCAAAAAUGCAAUUCUGCUUUAGCUUUUUAUAGCUAUUGGGAGGAAAAUAUGAUUUGUGACAAUCUAUCAUUUUGCAGUUCAGAUUUGCUAUAUAAGAUGGUGUGUCCUGCAACUGUUAAGAAAUUAAUGCAA